CAGAAGAAACGUCAAACAAUCGUUAGCAACGCGUUUUAGCCUUUAAUAGCUCCGUAGUCGUUUGGUCGAAGAAGCGCUUCUACAGCUCCUAUUGGUUUUGUACACUCGCUCGACCGUGCUGUUCGCCAUAAAAUGAAGAGGAAGCAGUCGGAGAAAAGGCGCCAUGUGGUGGCGUGGCUCAACAAAGCUGAGUGGGACCAAGUGCUGGAGUAUCUGUUCUCCAAAGACGCGGCGCUGCAGAGGUUCGCGCUGCAGCGGUUGUCCGCUUGGAAAGGCCGGUUUGCCAACAGCACCCCCGUGGCAGUGGAGUGCACGGCGGACCUGGUCAGGUGUCAGGUCCUGGACCGCUCCGGGCAGCUGAGCGGAGACGACCUGCUCCUGCUGUACGGCUCCGCGCUGGUUCGCUUCGUGAACCUGAUCACGGAGAAGCGGCAGGGGAGGGUCGCCAAGUCGUUACGGUUGCUGGCUGGAAAACUGGACAUCCCGGAGUGGGUGGUUGACCUGCGACACGAUUUCACUCACCGGAAGUUGCCUUCCUUGAAGUGGUCCAGAAAAGGCUGCAAGGUGGUUCUGGACUGGCUGCAGCAGAAGUACUGGUCCAGGCAGCUGGGCGGAGCGGCCUCUGAUGACUGGGAGGCUGAGCUCAACGCAGAGGAUGAAGCCGUGGAGCUGAAACUCCAGGAGGACGAGCUCAUCGCUCAACAGAAAGAGAUGGCGGCCUACAAAACCGCCAGGGAGCUUCUCAUAUCAUUUGAGAAAGAACAGUAUGGAAGUCUUCAGGAGCAGAAGAAGGAAAAUCAGUGGCCGGCACCUUUUGCCGAGAUCAGCUGGAUUCUGGGUGAGAUUAAGCAGUUUGCAUUGGGGUCCAGUGAUCUUCUGGUGGACGUUCUGCUGGAGGACGGAUUCCUCAUUCCCACCGUUGAACAAUUGGAAACUUUAGCUUGUGAUACUGAGAGCAACUGUUUCAGUGAACCCAGACUACAGAAGCCCUUGCUGCGCUUUUGGCUCCCGCUGCUGAAGACACUCUAUUCAGCCGAUUUCAUCCACCUUCUUCUGGAGAAGCUUUUUGCUGAGUUGAAGCUGCUCACUAAAGAACAAAACCUCCACAGAGUCUUCUACAUCUCCGCUUGGAUCUCUCAAGUGUUUCUCUGUAACAGCAAACCGCUGAAAUUCCACUUUGAAAGCAAGUCACAGAAAAACGCCAGGUUGAUGGACCGGAUUUUCGUGAACCGCCUCCAGCUGAGAUGGCAGCAGCUGCUCUCCGCGUGCCUCGACUCCCCCUGUGCCUGCACUCCUCACCUGCUGCAGUUGGUCCUGGAUGACAUGGAGCAUCCUCUUCCUCUGGAGACGCGACAGAGGUUGCUGCAGCUUUGCAGCAUCUACACGCAGACAGGACCCUCGGAUGAACAGCCGUCCUCCCAGCAGAUGAAGCAGCCGAUAUACACUUUGGAAAGUUUGCACGAGAAGUUGCAGCUCAGCCGAUCAUCUGCGGCAGAGUCGGAGAGGAGCAAGUCCUUACAGGAGCACCAAUUCACGCCUCACCUCGCUGAAAAGGCCAAGCUGCUCCGAGGCUCCCCGUGGCAGGUGUGUGGAGAUAAGGUCCAGUGGAAGCAGUAUCCUCUUGGUAAAGUUCCUGGGCAGUCAGAUGACCCUUCCUCACUCAUGGUGGAAACCUACUCCACGAUGACUGUGAUCGACCAGCCGGUGGAGCUGGAGAGCGCGGCCCCUCACAUGAACCGAGAAAGCUCUGUGUUAUCGAGAGCGACUGACGGCCCCCUGUGGAGUCACAGUGACGUCGCCAGGCUGAAGUCUGGACUGCAGCUCUUUUAGUCUAUUACUGAGCCGUGAAAACUGCAAAACUGUCAAAGACUUGUUCAAUAAAAAGACUGUCU